CGCGGGACCCUCCGCUCUGCUGGCGGGACAGGGGACAGGGGGACAGGGCCCGAGCCCCACGGGGGAAGGCGGCCCCGGGGGCAGCACCGGGACUGCGGGGCGCGGCAGCUCCCGCGGGCUGGGAACGGGAGCGAUCCAGUCCGUUCCCGGCCGUCCUGCGCUGCAGCUCCCUCCUACUCACGGAGUGAAGAGCUGGCGAGGCACCGAAGGAGACUGAAGAAAGAACGGGCAUGGAGGGUCAGGAACUGCCUUAUGUGCUAGUUGACUCUAUAGGAGAGAGGUAUGGAGUAUAUGAAGACCAUCUUGGAUUUCUGAAGAAACGUUUUCAUCUCAUCACCAUGAAAGAGUAUCUUGAAAACAAGACAUUUCUCAGCAAAAAGAUCAGAGCUAUCUAUAUGUGGUACCACAGACCAGCUAUUAAUGAAGAGCUGCUCCAGAGCUUGCCUAACUUGAAGGUGGUUGCAAGUUCUGGAGUGGGAAUAGAUCACUUGGACCUGAAACUCAUCUCCAGCUAUGGUGUGAAGGUGUCCAAUACUCCAUUUGCUGUUUCCACUGACACUGCAGACAUGGGGAUGGCUUUGUUGCUGGCAUCUGCCAGGAGACUUGUGGAAGGCCAUGAGAUGGCAGUCUCCCCUGACACAGAGUAUUUCCCUGCUGACUGGCUGGGGGUUGAGGUUUCUGGAGCAACCCUGGGGAUCCUGGGGAUGGGCACCAUUGGCUACAAAGUGGCCGAAAGAGCCAAAGCCUUUGAAAUGAAGAUUUUGUACCACAACAGAAAUCAGAGAAAAAAGGAAGAAGAAAGUGCUGUUGGAGCUGUUUACUGUAAGAAGAUAGAUGAUUUGCUCCAGCAGUCAGAUUUUGUGUUGCUGGCUGUGACCCUAACUCCACAGACACACAAACUCAUUGGGAAGAGGGAGCUGGAGCUGAUGAAACCCACUGCCACUCUUAUUAAUAUCAGCAGAGGUCUGGUAGUGGACCAGGAUGCUUUGGUGGAAGCCCUUCAAAACAAAGUUAUUAAGGCAGCUGCUCUGGAUGUGACAUAUCCUGAACCUUUGCCAAGGGAUCACCCCUUGCUAAAGCUGAAGAAUGUUGUAAUAACUCCUCACAUUGGAAGUGCCACCAAGAAGACACGCUGGGUUAUGAUGGAAGAAAUGGCAGAAAGCAUUGAGGCGGGCCUGGCGGGUCUUCCUGUCCCUCGUGAGGUGCUGCCCUAAGCAGCUGGCAUUUAGGAUUAAUGCCCUCGGCGCAGAAACAGUAAUUUGAUCGCUUUUGGUGUAAUUAUCCCACAGUGUUAUGCAGAUAAAAGAUAUAAAGCACUUGUUUAAUUUA